AAGAGAAGUCAGCGUGACGGCGCAACGGAGCAAUAGGAGUCCGGGUUGGCGUGCGCGGGGCGGAGCCCCAGGAAGGCGGGGCCGGGCGGAGGCUGCGGGAGCCGCGGCGGGGGAGACCCGGGCGCGCGAGCUGGGCCUAGGUCGGGACCCUGGCGGCAUCCUGCUGUGUGUCCUGGCGCAGUCGGGCCGUCGGGAGCCAUGCCGCCCCCGUCAGACAUCGUCAAGGUGGCCAUUGAGUGGCCCGGCGCCAACGCACAGCUGCUGGAGAUCGACCAGAAACGGCCCCUGGCGUCCAUCAUCAAGGAGGUUUGUGAUGGGUGGUCGCUGCCCAACCCGGAGUAUUACACCCUCCGCUACGCCGACGGCCCCCAGUUCUACAUCACCGAGCAGACUCGCAGCGACAUCAAGAAUGGCACCAUCCUCCAGCUGGCCAUCUCCCCGUCCCGGGCCGCGCGGCAGCUGAUGGAGCGGACCCAGUCCUCCAGCAUGGACACCCGGCUGGACGCCAUGAAGGAGCUGGCCAAGCUCUCUGCCGACGUGACCUUCGCCACCGAGUUCAUCAACAUGGACGGCAUCGUGGUGCUGACGCGGCUGGUGGAGAGCGGGACCAAGCUCCUGUCCCACUAUAGCGAGAUGCUGGCAUUCACCCUGACCGCCUUCCUGGAGCUCAUGGACCACGGCAUCGUCUCCUGGGACAUGGUCUCCAUCACCUUCAUCAAGCAGAUCGCGGGCUACGUGAGCCAGCCCAUGGUGGACGUGUCCAUCCUCCAGAGGUCGCUGGCCAUCCUGGAGAGCAUGGUCCUGAACAGCCAGAGCCUGUACCAGAAGGUCGCCGAGGAGAUCACAGUGGGACAGCUCAUCUCCCACCUCCAGGUCUCCAACCAGGAGAUCCAGACCUACGCCAUCGCCCUGAUCAACGCGCUCUUCCUGAAGGCCCCGGAGGACAAGCGGCAGGACAAGCACCUUAACCCUCUAGACCUGCCUGUGACUGACAUGGCCAACGCCUUCGCACAGAAGCACCUGCGCUCCAUAAUCCUGAACCACGUCAUCCGCGGGAACCGCCCCAUCAAAACCGAGAUGGCCCACCAGCUGUACGUGCUCCAGGUCCUGACCUUUAACCUGCUGGAGGAAAGGAUGAUGACCAAGAUGGACCCCAAUGACCAGGCGCAGCGGGACAUCAUCUUUGAGCUGAGGCGGAUCGCGUUUGACGCCGAGGCUGACCCCAGCAGCGGCCCCGGCAGUGGCACUGAGAAACGCAAAGCCAUGUAUACCAAGGACUACAAGAUGCUGGGGUUCACCAACCACAUCAACCCCGCCAUGGACUUCACCCAGACGCCCCCCGGGAUGCUGGCUCUGGACAACAUGCUGUACUUGGCCAAGGUCCACCAGGACACCUACAUCCGGAUCGUCCUGGAGAACAGCAGCCGCGAAGACAAGCACGAGUGCCCCUUCGGCCGCAGCGCCAUCGAGCUCACCAAGAUGCUCUGCGAGAUCCUGCAGGUCGGGGAGCUCCCGAACGAAGGGCGCAACGACUACCACCCCAUGUUCUUCACGCACGACCGGGCCUUCGAGGAGCUCUUUGGCAUCUGCAUUCAGCUGCUGAACAAGACCUGGAAGGAGAUGCGGGCCACGGCCGAGGACUUCAACAAGGUCAUGCAGGUGGUCCGCGAGCAGAUCACCCGGGCUCUGCCCUCCAAACCCAACUCCCUGGACCAGUUCAAGAGCAAACUCCGGAGUCUGAGCUACUCGGAGAUCCUGCGGCUGCGCCAGUCGGAGCGGAUGAGCCAGGACGACUUCCAGUCGCCGCCCAUCGUGGAGCUGCGGGAGAAGAUCCAGCCCGAGAUCCUGGAGCUCAUCAAGCAGCAGCGCCUGAACCGGCUGUGUGAGGGCAGCAGCUUCCGCAAGAUCGGGAAUCGCCGGCGGCAGGAACGGUUCUGGUACUGUCGCCUGGCGCUGAACCACAAGGUCCUGCACUACGGGGACCUGGACGACCACCCGCAGGGGGAGGUGACAUUCGAGUCACUGCAGGAGAAAAUUCCCGUCGCAGACAUCAAAGCCAUCGUCACCGGGAAGGACUGUCCCCACAUGAAAGAGAAGAGUGCGCUGAAGCAGAACAAGGAGGUGCUGGAGCUGGCAUUCUCCAUCCUCUACGACCCCGACGAGACCUUGAACUUCAUAGCGCCUAAUAAGUACGAGUACUGCAUCUGGAUCGAUGGCAUCAGCGCCCUGCUGGGGAAGGACAUGUCCAGCGAGCUGACCAAGAGCGACCUGGACACGCUGCUGAGCAUGGAGAUGAAGCUGCGGCUGCUGGACCUGGAGAACGUGCAGAUCCCCGAGGCGCCGCCCCCGGUGCCGAAAGAGCCCAGCAGCUAUGACUUCGUCUACCACUACAGCUGAGCUGCGGCGCGGCCGCCGGCCCGGCUGGGCCCAGGAGCGACCCUCGGUCUGGUGCCUUGUCUUCCGUUUGUACAGAACCUGCAGUGACCACUGGGCAGCUGGUCGGCCCACCCGGGGCUUCCUCUCCACUCAACUCCCCCUUCCCCAGCACCGCCUGAAGGGGACCCAGGAACCCGGCGCCCUGGGCUGCCGCUGGGUGUCACCACAGCCCCCAGCCCAUCUUGUCAGCCCACUGCAGGUCCAGGCUGGACCCAGACGGGGACCCCAGGAGCCUCUGCCAGCGGCCGGGGCGGGGGGGCAGCUUCUGUGCCCAUCUCACACCCGGGCUCCCGUGCCAGCUCGUAGCCGCCGCCCUGGCUCUUCCCUGCCCUCAUGGCUCUCCGUCCCUCCCCCCAGCCGAACCAGACAUGCAGGCCCUCCCGCUCACCUCCGGCUAGACAGCAGGGCUGGCACAGAGGUCUCCCUGCCCCGCCCCCACCCCCCACCCCCCACCCCCACCCCCCGCCCUGCAUUUGUCGCUUUUCCUUCCUGGGGCAGGAGGGGCCCCAAACCUGAAGACGCCGCCCCCCCUGGUCUGCUGUCCUCAGGGUGUUGGCCUUCCCGCGCCCGCCCUGGCACUGUGGUUCUGUGCCCAUGGCUUCAGGGGCUGCCAAGGCCACAGCUGUGUCAACGGCAUGUCACCUCCCCCCGCCCCCGCCCGCACAGCCGCUGCCGGGCACCUGGCACCGGCGGCCACCGGCCAGUACUGCCUGGGAAGAAGACUGUUCUCUUUACUCUCGGCCAUACGUCUACAGACAUGUAUAUAUAUUUAUACGAGACCUGCCCACCCCAGGAUGGGCGUGUGAGGAAGGCAGCAUUGGAGGCCAGUUGUAUUGGUACAUAGCAAAGGGGCCCUUCUGGGCGUGCCAGUAACCUGUUUUCAAUAAAGACUCUUUCACUUACGCACUGA